GAACGUAGUUGACUGUUUUACACCGACCUCGCCGAAUGAACUUCUUUAUUUGUUUAUGUUACACCUUAGAGGCCUCCUAACAUAUGUUCUGAAAAUUAUGGAAUAAUUGGAUUAAAAUACUGAAAUUUUCCGAAUAGGAUAGUUGUCUUCAUAUUCAGCCGGUUCAGAAAUGGCAGACACAGACGUACAGCCUACGGACUUAAAUACAGGGAGAACCCAGACCCCAGCUGAAGUAAUUACAGGAACAGACCAACAACAUGGUGACGGAGAACCAAAACAAACAGUUGGAGAAUUGCAAAAUAUCCACAACGGUCAUCGUGAAGAAAAUGAACAGCCUGACAAGAGCGAGUUACUCGAGUUGAAUAAAGAGCACGGAGAGACGACCCUUACACUUCCAGAAGUGGUUCAACCAGCAGGAAACAGACGUCUCAGUGGAUCUGUGGGGAGCAAGAAAGACAAAAGUCCUGGUUCAGAUACCAUGGACACUGCAAGACACGAACAAACACACCAAAUUAACCAGCCAUCAGGAGUCACUCCGACAUUGUCAAUUUCUGCAAUACUUAACGACGUAGAGUUUGAGGACAACAGAAAGACACCGGAGUAUACAACCGGCUGGGACGACAGUGUUUUAUCCUCGCAACGUUCUCAGGUUGCCCGUUCAAAAGACAAAGAAGAUGUUGUCGCACUACCAGACAUCACACCUCGCCGGUUCACUAAGCGGAAACGUCCGGCUAAAAAGCGUAUAUCAAACUCGCCGCCUAAACAUUACUUUGAAUACAGAUAUAUACUACAUAACAGGAUACGACUGACAAAAGUUUACACAAGACCACCUAAGUUUGCUCUGCUUAAGAGUGAGGCGAACUUCAUUCGGAUGAGUAAAAUGAUCGUCAUUCUCGGUACCAUGCUUCUACGAUAUGUGUUGAGAACCUACAUGGACCGCAUAUACCCGCCUAAAGACCUGAGACAGUUUCUACAGUACUAUAAACGCAGGCUUAUCAGCUUCGCAUCCACACAAAAACUUCUCCAAAACAGGUGGAGAGUCCUUUUUGAUGACGAAAGCUACGAGGUAAAACUUGAAGAUCUGGAUCCUGCUUUGAUAUUCUGGUUCCUUCGUCAUGUCUGUCACUUUAAGAAACAGACUGACCUUGUUUGGAAAUGGAAACCAGCCAACAAUGACCUUAGCAUUGCUGCUGAUAUCACUAGAAUUCGCGACUUGAGAAAUGGUUUGUUAAAUGCGACGAACUAUGCUCUGCACGACGAGGAAUAUGAACGAAAGAUAGAAGAAUUCAAAACGGUAACAGCUAGGUUAAGCAGCGAGAAAAGAUCGGCGGAGAUGUUUGAACUGGUCAAUGAAAUGAAGACUAUUACAGUUAAAGUAACAGACAGAGAAGAAAACUUAGACCUACUGAAGAAAUGGGCUGAAGAAACGAAAGACCGAUACAUUGAGAAAAUUGCCCCUGCUAAGCAAGACUGGAAAACAGUGAAAGAAUGUAAAGAAAUGACAAGGCGGUUUCUGAAACGAUUUAACAGAGCAAAAGUAUUUGUAAAGACAAAUAUCUACCAGCAGGCGAAGAAAAAGUUGCUGAAAAAAGGAGUUGUAGUAAUCAAAGGCAAUACAGGAGAAGGGAAAACCACGACAGCCUUAGCCUUGAUGGCGGCUUUAUAUGAAGAAGAUGAGGUGUUAGUCAUGUCUUCAACAGAACAGUGGAAAUAUAUCAACAAACAUUCUGUGGGUGCAAUACUAUUUGAUGAUUUACUGGGCAGCAUGCAUUUUGAAGAAAAACAGCUGACUGAUUGGGAGGGUUACUUUGACGAGAUGUACCGUGGAUGUGCGGGCAGAAUAAGUAAAUCUGGUACACCGAGAAUUUGUGAGAUAUGCUCAGCGAAUAAAAAGGAACGCGCAUGCGCAAAAGUGAUUAUCACUAUGCGGAAACAUGUAUUUGACCAGUGCUGGCCGAAGUUAUCUGAACACAAACUGUUCGCAAACGACAAUGUUGUGGAGUGUAGCUCCAAAGAACUUACAUUUGCGGAAAAGCGCGCAAUAUUAUCAAAACAUAUUGUGGCGGACCACAAAAUAAGGACAGAGGUUGACAAAAGUGCAAAAUUACCUAUUUCCAAGUUAGGUUUCCCUGAAAGUUGCUCAGUGUUCAUCAGCCAAGAUGUUUUCUUAGAUUUAGGCUCUCAGUUUUUCGAGCGACCUAUUGAGAUACUUCAACACUAUCUAGAUGACUUGUAUCAAAAGGAUAUGUACGGGUACCUUACACUUGUCGUUAUGAUGUUUCAACCAGGUGCUGUUCUGUUCUCAAGGAAACUUGAGAUGUUCACAGAUGGCCAGUUCAAGAAGGAACUGGUAGACCUUGCUGGAGUGUGUGAAGUACCAGUGACAGAUCAGCUACCGACGUUUUGCCUCAUGGCAUUGUCCAGAUCUCUCAGGCCCUAUGUGUACUACUACGAUGAUAUAAAAUGUUAUACAUUCGUCCACGAAAGCAUUAUGGAGAUAAUGAUGUCUACAUUUGUCGAAAGACAUCCACAAUACGUUCUUGAAACAUGUGCUCUACAGUUUAUCAUGGACUACGUGUCCACUAGGGAGACAAUUGAAGUCCCACGGGAUCAGAUAUUUAUGAUGAGAAUAAAGAAACAUAACUUCUGGCUUCUCGCUCAACUCUUUGACCAUUACAUGAGUUACGGAAACGUGGUCAAAAUUGCUCAACACAGGGCACUAAGAGAUCCACAGUUUCUGAAUUUCUUUUUCACUCACAUCAAGAAAAAGGACAUGAAAGAAGACUUUAUAUUGCAAGUGGACAAAUCAGUGAAGGAGAAAGGCACACACAGACGUGUUGGGUUUUUGUAUGGUGCAAUUGACCAAGCUAAACCAAACGUAGAGCUUGCAAUAGCUAUCCUGAAAUUAGGAUUUCAUGUAAAGAGAUCAGUCAAUCCGGAAUGGUGUCUCUCCGAACUGAGGUCAUCAUUAUGCGCUGCCGUUAAAAGAGGAAACUUCCCAAUAUAUUCUGCGCUUGUAGCCACGAAAAUAGAUAUACCUGAUGAAUUGAUGACGGAGAAGGAAUACCUCACGUCAUUAGAUAUUGUAUCUGACGUUCUUUGGAAACGGCCUUGGAGCAAAGAACAAAAGGAUAUAGCCCUCGUCAGGGCAUCGAGGCACACAACACUGGAGGGCUCAGAAAUUGUAUCUCUGUUGUUGCAACAUGAUGCCUCUGUCAGUUCUAUAAGAUGUGAAACAACUGCUUUGUGUGAAGCUGUGAAAUCAGGAAAUGCAAAGACAGUAUCGCUCUUGUUGUCUAGUGGUGCUAGUGUUUACGACCGUGAUUUGAACGACCAGUCGCCAUUACAUCAUGCUUGUGACUGGAACCGUGUAGAGACGGUAAAACUGCUACUUCAGAAGGGUGCUGACGUGAACACAAAAGACACAUCAGGGUUAUCUCCCUUCCUUAUUGCGGCUGGAUGGGGGCGCGAGGAAAUCAUGCAGAUGCUCUUGACAAAGAGAGUAGAUCCAUUAGCAGUCGACGAAUUAGAAAAUACUUUUCUGCACAUAUGUGCUGCAAACGGGCGCACAGCUGUGAUGAAAGCCGUGAUUUAUCGGUUUCCGGAAGAAAUUAAACGCAUAGUCAUUGCUAGGAACAAGUACGGUUGGACACCUUUAGACUUUGCGAUGAAAUGCGGUCAUCUUGGUGUAACAAAACUACUAGUUCGUACAAUUCUUCAAAUAGAUGCACAAAAACCUGGUCACAAGUCAUUUGUUCACAUGAGGUUUAAUGUCGUUAAAAUCGAAGAUCUGGACAAGGAAGAAAAAUGUUUGCAUAGAUUUGUGGAUCUCGAUUAUGAGAAAGUUUGUUUUCAGAUUCCGCGAGGUAAAUGGUACAUUGAGGCGGGUAACCAGGAAGACUAUGACAAAGUGACGCAUUUUGUAUCAAAGUAUGAAGACAGAUUAAAAUUACGCUUUGCAAAAUCUUGAUACUGGAGUAGGCUAGUUUCAGUUUUAAACUGUAUUGGAAACAUUGAAAAACGACUCUUCAAAAUCUACAAACAGCAUUUACUUUAAGAAGCUCAAAUCCUUCCAUUGAUAAUUUUAAAAAGUGCAUAUUUAUAUCAUCUAAAUCACAUACUACGCCAGCAGUUAUUUUUUUUUAGUUUAUUCAUUCUGUUUAACGUUUAGGAGGAAAUUUAAAGUUUUGAAUUUGUACAUCACCAAUUCACAGAAAGAGUGGAAUCAAUUGUUUUACAUGAAACGCGAACUGCAUAUAAAGGAUGUAUAAUUAUAUUAAGAAACGAUUGUCAAUUAAUUGAUGUAUCCAUGAAUUCCGGAGAAAGGUUCGCAGGAAGGGCCAUACUUCUCACCGUUCAGCGCUAGGGCCUUUAAAAACUCGCCAUUUUCAUAGAAUUUUGCUACAUAGCUUCGUUUUCUAUUCGUUUUCUGCAUUUCAAUAUUGUCCCAGUUUUCAAACCUUUCCCUUUCAAUUUUCAUGUCUCUUUUUUUCCCUAGUAUGAUUUGAAGAUGUUCGAAUUUCCUAAUGUCAAAUAUCUAUUGAAUCCUUAAUUAUUUUAUCUGUCUAUUAAUAUAUUGCUUUCAACAAAGUUAUGUUGCAGCGGGUCUUUUUGUAACAAUAGUGGAAACAAUUCUUACUAAAGAUUACUGCCUAUUGCGAUAGGGCAGCAACGAGUUUUCAUUAAAAUGACUGUAGAUUAAAAUGUCAGCUUAGAAUGAAUGGCUAAGCCUCCGGGCAGUAUUUUACUGCUUACUCAAAGUCAAUUUUAUAUCUAGCAUUUUGAUGAGGAAGGCCAUUCAUGACAAAGUGAUAUUUGUUUUGUUAAGGUUUGGAAAAUGAUUCAUGCUUAGUUGUUAUCAAACCUGUGCAGUCCAUAAGAAAUUUAUUAUCUUGAAAUAAAAUGUU